CACAUCUGUAACAUUUAAAAUCCUUUAUUUGCUUCAAACAACGAUUGCCUCUCCGCAUUAAUCUUUUUUUUCUCAUUUUCUUUUUCUAUAAAUUAUGGGGAUGUUUGCAUCCUUGAAAAACAUCCUUCAACUGAAGCAAGAUCGAAGGCGUUCGAGCGGAACAAGCAAUAGCAAGCAAUCAAAUACAUCUUAUAUGGUCGGCACAACUUCUUUAACAAACAGCACUAUUUCCAGCCCAACUACUUCAUCUAAACAAGCUAACAGUGAUGCUGGUGGAUACAACUACAAGUACAGCGAUGGAAGAAGAUAUCAAGGGCACGAUAACGUAUCUUAUUUGCUGCCUAAUGAUGAUGAUGAAAACGAUCGCAUCCACCAACAACAUUGGAUCCUUCGCUAUGCAUUUCAAUGCAACUUCCAUGCGCCUGUGACAAAGAUGCUAGAAGAAGGUAUCACGGUGCUUGACUCAGGUUGCGGUCCUGCGACUUGGACCUUUGAGAUUGGCGAAUCUUAUCCUCGGUCCAAGAUCUAUGGUGUAGACGCCUCUUGCGUCUUUCCCGAAGACAUCAAACCAGCCAACGUAGAGUUUGCUAUUGGCAAUAUUGCCAAGCGUAUUCCAUACGAAGACAGCAUGUUUGACUAUGUACAUCAACGUCUGCUUAUUGGUGGUCUGACGCAUGAUGACUGGAAAAACGCUUUGAAAGAACAUUUUAGAAUCUUAAAACCAGGAGGUUACAUCGAAUUGGUUGAAGUCGGCAUGACUGAUUUAUAUAAGGCUGGUCCUCUUAUGUCUACUUUGCAAUCAACUUUUAGAGCUGUUAUGGAAGCUCGUGGUUUGCAAUUUGAUGUUGCAUUACAAUUAAAAGAUCGCUUACAAGAAGCUGGUUUUGAGAACAUUGUUGUAAAAAAGCUUCCUAUUCCCUUCAAUCAUGGAGGCAAGAUUGGUCAAUUGAUAUGGGAAGAUUAUAGACAUCUUUGCAUGAAUGUCAAGCCUUUCAUGAUGAAAAUGAAUCCUUUGUUUGAAAAGGAAGGUGCUGUUGAAGCACAUUUGGACUUGUGUGCCGAAGAAGUUAAACAAAAUAACACGUAUGUCGACUGGUAUGCAGCCUUUGCUCAAAAACCUAUGUCUGAUGCAACCAAAGAUGUAUGAUUGCUUGUAUAUAGAUAUUCUUAUUCGAUGAUUUUUAAUAAAACAUCUUAAUACCUUUUUUUCUAAGA